GUCACUGAGCUAAGAUGGUGUUACCUCGAUCCCUGUGGCUCCUCUUUGUCUGCCUUCUGUCCUGGUGCUGUGAUGCCCAGGAGCUGGGGCUUCAGGACCCUGAUUCAGAACCAGGCCCACUACCUUUGGUGAUCUGGAGUGAGAUAGAAAACACCAUAAGCAUGAAUGCCUUUAAAAAGAUUGUUGAAAAGGCAGUUCCUGGAAUUUAUGUCCUGCCGAUGGAGAUUGGGAAGACUAUGAUGAAGGAUGUGGAGAACAAGGUCCUAGAUGCCAGUUCUGAAGUGUGUCAGAUUCUUGCUCAGGAUCCUAGAUUGCAGGAGGGCUACAUUGCUGUUGCAUUCUCCAAGAGUCUCAAGUUCCUGAGGUUGCUGGCUCAGAGAUGCCCAAUCCCUGUCAUGAGAGAUGUGAUCUCAGUUUCUGCUAGGAGAAUUUUAAGGCCUGAAUGUCAGCAGUCUUGUAGACCUGUUUUCUUUCAGCCGUAUCUGGGGACAGAGCUGUUCCUGAGUUUGUGUGACCUGAAGCCUCCAGGUGGGUUUCUUGGAGCAGAAGGGUUGCCAUUACCUCUUCUGUCAGAAUCAUUAAGUGUGGAUGACAUUGAGACGGUGUUUCAAAUGAAUAAAGCUGAAGCUUAUGUCCCAUCCGUUGUGACUGAGAAGGCUGUGACACAGUGUGUGGCCACUGAAAAACAUGGUGAUGAUGGUCAUCAUGAUGAUGAUGAUGAUGAUGAUGAUGAUGAUGAUGAUGUCAAGAAAAAUCUCUCAAUGAAACUUGAGCACCCUGUUGAGUAG